GCGGUAUCGCUCUAAGGCAUCACUGCAGUGGUGGACGUGCAGAGGUAAAAGUUCGUAGUUGGGUAGUUCUGCUGGAAAUCCCACCACUUGAGACUGAAAUAUGAGUGAAAAUCAAGAGUUAAGUGACACUUUACUUGACAGCAAAGCAUCAUACGUACUCAGCAAUGUUGCUGAAGUAGUUGAGAGAAUUCUGACGUUCAUACCAACCAAAUCGCUGCUCCGGAUCGCGAGUGUGUGCAGGCUGUGGAGAAACACUGCCCGCAGAGUGCUCAGGACUCAGCAGCAGCUGGCCUGGGUGUCAGCAUGUGGACCCUCCACCACAGAUGUCCACUCUCUCUGCAACAUCUUGGCUGAAGAAGUGGAGAAAGUAUUUCUCCUGCCUAAAACAGUUCUAGCAAUGGUAGACUGUGAGGCCUUCAAUGGACAAGCUUAUUGCUACAGACAGAACAAAGCAAAAAGAAGUCGCCACUGUCCAGAUACAGCUGAAAACCUGAACCUGCUUUUCCCUAAAGGCUGUGACAUCUUGGGCAUCACUACGCCAGGCAUUGUGUUGACUCCGACUGGCUCUCGCUCCAGCCCUCCUCGAGAGUACCAGGAGGGGGAGGCUGGCUUUGCACUCAUGUUCCCCAGCACUGAGGGAGUCCACAUCAAGCCCUUUCACUUUUGUAAGAAGACCAUCUCCCAGACAACCCUGAAAGAAGCAGGACUAGUAGACAAUCCAGAGCUACGUGUAGUGCUGGUGUUUGUCUAUGAGGCAUAUAGAUCUGGAGGAGCACGGUUCCUCAACCAGAUUCUAGAGCCGCUGGCCAAGAGCAAGGCUUUAAUUGCAGGAGGGUUGGUAGAAAGUGUUUUCUCACCUCCCAGGCACUGCUGCAGCCAGGGAGCCUAUGGUGUGGUGGGCCUGGCUCUGAGCGGCCCUAAAGUACAGGGGGCAUCUGUGCUCUUGGACAGAGAUGUCGGCACCGCAAAGGCGGCCGAAGCAACAGUCCAGCGACUAAAAGCAGCCAAAAUUCCAGAGAAAAACACUCUGGGUUUCAUGUUUGCCUGCGUGGGGAGAGGCCAGAACUACUACUUCAACCAGGCCAACGUAGAGGCAGACGCUUUUCACAAGGUGUUUCCCAACACGCCUCUUUUUGGUCUUUUCGGCAAUGGGGAGAUUGGCUGCGACCGCAUCGUUAAAGAUGACUACACGUUGUGCGACAACGAUAUGGAUGGCCUGCAGCAUGAGUACACCACUGUCAUGACUCUGGUCCAUCUAGGCUGACUGUCCUGCAGGAAUAAUGAACAAACAUUAAAAGGACUGCCAUGCUCAUUUGCAGCAGCAGUUGGGAGCAACAGACAUUAUGUACAGUGUUACUCAGAAUAUUGCUUUCUCCAGUUUUUCUAUUUACAGAGCAGAAGAAUGAUCCCUUAAGCCAUAAAUGGCAGUGUUUGAGAGAGAUUAGCCCUUGGAGGUUGUGUGAAUACAGCUUUAUAUUAAAACUAGUGAGUCUCACAUAGACCAAAAAACAACAACAAAAAAAUGUAUCUUUUAUAUAAUGUAUUUGUAUUAUUUUUCCCUAAAUUUCACAUGUAUUCAAGACAUGCGUCCCUUCUGACUGUAACUUCUGUUUGCUUUGCAGAUGAGGGACUUACACAUGGUUGUUUGUUAAGCUAUUCUAACAGUUACUGGUUCAUCUAGAGCACUUUUAACUCAUUUAAGUAAAAGAAUUGUGGUACUUCUCCCACAAAAUCAGGGAAAAGCUAUGUAGGUUUUACACUUUUUGCUUUUACACAACUUUUACCAAUGGAUAAACUUAGUUGUUUUUAACAACCAUUGUUCAAGUAGUCACAGGGUAAUGCAUUUGGAACUUUAUAGUAUUUUUUUCUUUUGUCCACUUUUCAGUUUACAUCUACAACUACCUAUUUCCAUCCAUUAACAGUUGAGCUGCUUGGUCACGUGAUCCUUUAAGCUUCUGCAGCAUAAAAACAACACAAACAAACAAAAACAAUCGAGGACAGAACGGCUUCUCUUUAGGCUGUUUUAGUUGUUCUGGCUGAUAGAAACUCUUACCUCACUUCAAUAUUGCCCCCUAUAAAGUUUCCUGAAAUGAGCUCUUUGUUGUUUGGAAAUAACUCAAUAACAUAUUAGGAUUACAGGGGGGAAUUAAUCAAUAUUGGGGUUUUCACUUACUAGCUUCUAAAAAAUCUACCUAAGUGUAGAUGUGGAUAUCUACAUUUUUCCCAGAUGGACCAGACUUUUUGAUUUGUUGUUUUUUGUUGCUCAGAGGAAUGUCUCAAUGUUUUAAUGGUGCAGUGUACUAUAUACUUUGCAGCGGCGGUAACUGCUAAAUGUUGAAAAUUGCUGAUAUUAAGUGAAGUUUAAUGUAAAAAAAUAAAUAAUAAAAAAUGCAACAAUGGUUGUAGCAAGUUUUGAUGAUUGAGAAAGUCCCGGUAUUUUUUUUGUGUGCUUUCUUAAUGUUAUCCUUUCUUUGUACUGUAAUAUAUUGAUUUUCCAUGGAUAGUUUUUGAAGAUUAAAUGGAAAUGUAGGUUAGUCUAAAUGAAGUAGUUUUGGUGUUGCACUUUUUCUACAUGUGCCAAAUCAUAUCUGUUCUGCUCCACUCCUUAAUAAACAAGUCAAUUGUG